AAAUGAAGGAAUAUCGUAGUCAGAGGUCCAUUACAUACGACAAAGAUAAUAAAACUUUUGAAAGAACUAGGCAGCCCCAUCAUUGAACUUCAGAGAAAAAGGAGGAUGAAAAUAAAUCAAGCUCUUCAUUUUCUGAAACUAGGGAUAAAAAAUCUGAAAAUUUAUCGCCAAUGAAAUAGAAUGCCAACUGAACAGCCACAAGCAGAUCUAUCUUUGAUAAAGAAUAACACAGAACAGUUCAAUGAUUCGAAUAACUAUGGAGGAAAAAUAGAAGUAAGGAAGAAACCAACAAUUCCUCCAGCGCUGCCAUUACUACCUAAAUCCCAAAUAGUGAUAGAGCCAAUUCGAACAGGAGCUCCUAUCUCUUUUAUUAAGUUAACUUUUGGAAAUGGAGCUUGUUCAGGGUUCACAGAAAAACAAGGAAGUCAAAAUCUAAAAGAAGAUGCUGAUUAUAAAGAAUUAGAAUUCUCAUUAUUAAAGAAGCCAAAGAGAAAUUUUAAAACAAUGUUCUCUGUAGAGUUAAAUAACUAUGAUAGAAAUCCAAUUGUCUAUAGCAGAUAUGCUACAGGUACAUAUGAUCCUGAAGAGAAAGUUCAAGAAAAUUGCUUUAAAUCAUGAAUAUGAGAAAUAGAAAAAUUAAAAGCUCCAGCUCUAGGAAUCAAGGCAAUCAAGUAAAUCUAAAAAUCCAAAGAAGAAAAGUGUGGCCUCAUAUUAUAAACCUGAAAAUUCAGAAGACCAGACUUUAGUAUUUGAAAGCCGCUUUGAGUCAGGAAAUCUUAACCUUGCGAUAAAGACAAGUGAAGAUGAGUAUGACUUGCUUCUUCAGAAUGACAUCAACACCAAUGGGCACACCCAAUGGUUUUACUUCAGAGUCGGCAAUACGACCAAAGGAAAAACCGUGAAAUUUAAUAUACUGAACUUAUGCAAGCCAGACUCUCUGUAUAAUUAUGGAAUGAAAGUCCUGUGAUUAUCUGAAAAUAAAAAGAUCGACACUGGAAUUGAAUGGUAUAGAGCUGGCAAAGACAUUGCUUACUAUAAAAAUAAUAUCAGGAGAGAAGGAAAGUAUGGAAUUGACAAAUCGUAUUAUACCUUCACUUUUUCAUACAAGUUUCCUUAUGAUCAUGACAAAGUUUAUUUCGCUUACUCACUUCCUUACACUUACUCAGACUUAACAGAGGAUCUAAACAAGAUAAUGAAUGACCCAGAGAAGGCUAAAUUUACCACCAGAAAUAUUCUCUGUAGAACUAUAGCUGGGAACAAGUGAGAGUACCUCACAAUUACAUCCAGAGAAAAUAUUCUAGAAGAGGAGAAGAAGGUGGAAAAAUAAGGGCGUAGUUAUUAGCGCAAGAGUCCACCCUGGAGAAUCUGUCGGCUCUUGGAUGAUGAAAGGAGUCCUAGAUUUCCUUACAAGUGACUGUAUCGAAGCCCAAGCUUUGAGAAAAAUGUUUAUAUUCAAGGUCAUUCCAAUGCUUAACCCUGAUGGAGUUAUAAAUGGAAACUAUAGAUGAUCUUUAUCCGGAUGAGAUCUCAAUAGAAGAUGGAAAGCUCCAUCUAAAACUCUUCAUCCUACUGUAUAUGAAACAAAAUAAGUUAUGAAGAGAAUUUCAUAAAGAGAGAGAAAUGGUUUUAUUUUGUGACUUACACGGACAUUCUAGAAGGAAAAAUAUUUUUAUGUAUGGAAACAAUAUCCAAGAUGAUCCAUCUUCAACAAGAGUGUUCCCAUUUUUGAUGUCUAAACUGGCAGAUUAUUUUUCAAUGAAGUACUGAAGAUUUUCAAUGUCAAAAUCCAAGGAAUCAACAGCGAGGAUUUCCCUAUUCAAAGAUCUUAAUAUCCCAAUGAUAUAUACCAUGGAGGCAAGCUUUUGUGGUGCAGAUCAAGGAGAAUUAGAAGGAAUGCAUUUUAACUCCGAGCAUUUUAAUAAAGUUGGAAGAAAUUUGUUUCAUGCUCUAAUCCUCAAGUUAAAAAUUGAUCCUUAUGAAAUUGUUGAAGGAAAACCUCAAAUCCUUGAAAUGAAAGAGUCAGAAGAGAAUUCAAAAAUAAACUAUGAUGAUCUAAUGGAAGAAUAUGAAGAAAAAGAAGCAGAACUCCUAGUAGAAAGUGACGAUGGAAGCAGUGCAGGAUCUGACUCACAACCAUCAGAAGAUAAUAUGUCUGAUGACGAAAUCUCAAAAAUUUUACCUUUGAAAGUAAAUAAAAAGAAACAGAAGAAGCUUCCUACUCAAAACUCAUUUAAAAAGAGGAAUAAAGAGCUUGAGCUAAAAAUGAGAGAGAAAAUAAAGAAAAAGAAAGAACAAGAGAGAGCAAAGAAAAGCCCAAUGAAGAGGAUUUCAAAUUACAAAAAUGCUCUUAAAGGAAAAUUCAAUCUUUCCAGAAUUAGUAAAGUAAAGAUGGUUGACAAUUGGACACAAACAUCAAAUAGAGGAAGUGAUACAGAGAAUGAAGAAUCCAAGGAUUUCUCUAAGGCAGAUGAAAUGUCUCUUAACUGAAGGACUACCGAUAAUACAUUCAAAACUGAAAAGUUAGACGAUAGUCCAAUAUCAAUGUAUAGAAGGAAUAACCCUUCCACAAAAUACAAAAUUAAUAUGAAUGCAGCCUUAGCUAACAAUAAAACAUUCAGGAGCCCAGUUUCGAAUUACGAUAACUCCUUCUCUCUUAGUAAGAGUAAAGGAAGAUUGCUAAAUCGAUCUAAUUUCGAAUCUUCUGAGAGUUUUAAACACCAUAGACAUAAUAAUUCUCAUUAUGACAGUCUUGGAGAAAGAUUUUCGUAUGCUCAAAGACAAGUCAGACGAUCUCCUCAGAAAUCUUACAACCCGGCCAGCCAUGAAAAUUCUAGCAGCUUGCUUUAGUAUACCCUUCUUUAGAAAGAAGGUUCUCUACGAAUCAUGCAAAGAAAAGCAGAGAAGACUACAGCCAAUAUCUUCCUAACUUGAAGAAAUGGGAAGGAGGCGAUAACAAUAAAACAGAAUAUGGAAACAGGUCUACUGUUCAUCGAAAAGAAAGAAUGAAGUCUCAUCAUAUGAAUAUAAGUCAAAAUAAAGUCAGAAAAGACUUUAAAGAAAGUUUGCUAAGCAGUGCUGAAAUACAGAUGAGGUCUGCUUCUAAGA